AUGGGCUUUGGUGGUAUUGAUGCAGCUCGUAAAAGCGCGCAGGCUGUACAAGCUGCAGCGGCUCUGGAAGAGGCGGGAUUGGCCGGGGAUGAGCCAAAGUUGAACAUUGAUUACACAUUCGUCGGCUUGGGCAUUGAAGACGAUGAAGUCGACGUCGCAGGCAACUGUGGAAACAUGAGCAGUGCAAUUGGCCCUUAUGCUUAUAACGCCGGUCUUCUCCCAUCAAGUGCAUACGCCCAGGGAGACGGAGAGGUCACAGUCAAGAUACGGAACACCAACACUGGAAAGCUGAUCGACUCUACUUUCGAAGUCAUUGGAGCGCAAGCUGCUGUCGCGGGUGACUACAGCAUUGACGGCGUUACCGGAAAAGGCUCAAAGAUCAGAUUGGAUUUCAAACGUCCAUACGGCAGCAAAACUGGCAGAGUGCUACCUACUGGCAGGAGAGUGGACAACAUUGGGGGCUACAGAGUAUCGUGCAUAGAUGGCGCGAACCCAGCGGUCUUCGUCCGAGCAGAUGAUGUCGGAGUGGAUGGUACCAUCCUACCCGACGACUUCAACAACCUUCAGGAAAAGCUUGCUUUGCUCGAAAGCAUUCGCAAAGCCGCUGCCGUCGUCAUGGGUAUUGCAUCUACAGAGGAUGAGGUUCCUCGUACCGUUCCCAAGAUCGGCAUCGUAUCACAAUCAUCUGCGCACCCCGUCCUGUCAGGGAACACCCUCAAGGCAUCACAGAUGGACAUUGUCGUACGUUUUCUCUCAGAUACACAGCCUCAUCGAGCUAUUCCUUUGACUGCUGCACUGACGACAGCCGUCGCGGCGCGCAUCCCCGGAACAGUCGUCGAACAGAUGCUUGCUCCUGAGCCUUUGAUGGAGGGCGCCAUCACCAUAGGUCACGCAAGUGGUCGACUGCAGGUCAACGCCACAAUGGAUCCAAGGAACAAGCUCAUCCCCGCUAGUGGUACGGUAUACAGAACCGCGAAGAGGCUGCUCGAAGGAAAUGUAUUCUGGGCCGACAAAUUUGGGGAGACGGAACUGAGGGAAGACACUACUGAAACCAAUACCACCUAUGGUAGUAACGGCCGACACUCUCUUGGGCUAGCUUUCGUUCUGGAGAACCGCGGUAAAGAUUCAUCCCACCUCUUCGAAGAAGACGUCGCACGUGCAAAGCAACAAGAAUCGGACAUGGACCAAAUCAUAAGCCAACAACCGACUCUAGAGCAGAUUGAAGAAAACGAGCAGAAAGAGGAGCCCGAGGUCCCGAUCCUAGUUUACAGACCCCUCCCCGACCCGCACAGGAAGCGACGCGACCUACGGGAAAUACCCAAAGAAGAAGAUGCCCUCACACUCGCCAUCCAAGGCCUACACUCCGAACUCACCGGACUGCUGCACGAUGAAAAGAUCAUGGACACCACGGAACAGAACUCCAACCUUCUCGAAGCUGUCCUCAGGGCACACCGUGACAUACAAAUCAACUCCCUGAUCCAAAGGCGUUCAGCCGAGAAGGCUAGCGAGAAGGCGAAGAAAUCUGUGGUUCGGAAAAGUAGAACUCGUGCACAGAAGGUUACAGCGGGCGGGAAGUUGAGAUGGGAGCAUGUGGAAAGGGCAAUCUCCGCCCGCGUUACGGAGCAGGCAAGAAAGAGGGUGGAGAGUUGGGGGAGAACGGAGAGGACGGAUACUGAUGAUGUGGAUGAACAUAUGGGGGAGAAAGUGGAAAGGAAUAUGGCGCCCCAAGAUGAUGGCGAUGAACAACAGAAGACGGAGAGAUCGGUGAAAGAAGACAUGGAGGAAUGGAUGAGGAAAAAGCAAGACGAGGAGCAGAAAAGGUCGUUUAGAGAUGACAUGGAGGGAUGGGAGAGGAGCCAAGAAAAAGAGGAGGAGGAGGAGAGAAGGAUAAGGAGAGAAGCCUUGGACGAAAUCCUGAGCAACCGCGAAAAGGGUGACACUUCGAUGUUUAGUAUGGACCCGGAAUUUGCUUUGGCGGAGCGAGAGCCGUGGAAGAGGACUCCUAGAGAUGUAGGACCGAAGAUUACCACAUACCCCGUUAAGACGGCGAAAAUGAAGGCAAAGCGGAUGAAAGCUUUAUACCGUAAGCCGAGGUCGUGGAAUUCGAGAUGA